GAAUUGCUCAGAGUUUGGACACUCAUUUAACCUGUUCGGAGGUGACAGAAGAUUUAAAGGCACGUUAAGUAUUUUCUAAAGCUUUAUUUCGUAUAAUACAUAAUAAAACAUCGUGUGGAAAAGCGAAUAUACAAGGAGUGAUAUGAAGAAGGUAAAGCUGUGACAGUGGGAAUCAAACAUAAAAAUAGCCCCGGUGAAGACAAGAAUAUCUAACCUUAUGCCCUCAGCUACCGGAACUGUGAAGGAAGGAGGAGGUAACCCUAUAGGGCAGCAGAAGGGCGGGGCGACUAUGCCCAGUAAUGAAGAAUGCGGGAUCCGAGAUGUUUGGGGUCACAACCUCGAAGAAGAGUUUCGCACCAUUCGACAAGUUGUACAGCAAUAUCAGUAUAUUGCGAUGGAUACCGAAUUUCCCGGUGUAGUAGCUAGGCCUAUUGGCGAAUUCAGGACUAGCGCUGAUUAUCAGUAUCAGUUAUUGCGGUGUAAUGUAGAUCUUUUGCGAAUAAUUCAACUCGGUCUUACGUUUCUCGAUGAAUCGGGAAAUACACCUGGCGGUAGUUAUACGACGUGGCAAUUUAAUUUCAAAUUUAAUUUACAGGAAGACAUGUAUGCGCAAGACAGUAUAGACAUGCUACAAAACAGUGGUAUACAAUUUAAAAAACACGAAGAAGAGGGUAUCGACCCUUUAGACUUUGCCGAACUUUUGAUGACAUCGGGAAUUGUUUUGGUCGAUGACAUAAAAUGGCUAUCCUUUCAUUCUGGUUACGAUUUUGGCUAUCUAUUGAAACUUCUUACAGACCAAAAUUUGCCGCACGAAGAAAGUGAAUUCUUUGAACUUCUUAGGAUAUAUUUUCCGACGAUAUACGAUGUAAAAUAUUUAAUGAAAUCGUGCAAAAAUCUAAAAGGAGGCCUACAAGAGGUAGCGGAACAAUUGGAAAUUCAAAGAGUUGGUCCGCAACAUCAAGCUGGAUCUGAUUCGUUACUUACGGGAAUGGUCUUCUUCAAAAUGCGAGAGAUGUUUUUCGAGGAUAAUAUUGAUGAUGCGAAAUAUUGCGGUCAUUUGUACGGUUUGGGAACGUCGUUUGUCGUGAACGGUUCAGGAGGGUACCUAGACAGUAAUGGAGAUAAUUCUUCGUCUUCGUAAUGUUAAAACUACCACAUCUCAGUCGGAACAAAUUAUUUCACUACAAAUAAAAUGUUAUAAAUAAUGUUUCACUUAAU